AUGCCCACAAGUUUGACCCCUGGUGUAUCCAUGCAGGGUUUCGGCCGCAACGGUCCACGUUCCAAGAGUGGUUGUACUACCUGCCGCCGCCGAAAAGUCAAGUGCGGUGAAGAGAAGCCAUCUUGUGCAAGAUGUUCAUCCCUGCGCCUCAAUUGCGAAUGGGGGGUCCCAAUUAAGCGUGGGCAAAGCACGCAAAUUCGACACCUCGAACCUGCACCGGUGACCUCCGAACAACCCUCUUGCCCGAUGCCCAAGGCUGAGGACAUUGUCGCGAUCCGACCAGAUGCCCGUUUCACAAGUCUCUCGCCAGCAUCUUGGGGAUCCGAAGUCCUUCCUUUUAACGCAUUCAGCCCGUCGCGAAUUCCGACCCCCAUAUACCCUUCCUUGAACGUCAAUGUCGCGUGCGCCAAUUCAUUGACACUCACCUCUCUUGACCGACAGUACUUCCAAUACUUCCCUUAUUCCUCGCUUGUGUUUUACUACAUGAAAGGAUGGAAGUGGAGCGGCCUCUGCCAUCUUUACGAAGGUCCAGCUACAUCUAAUAGGGUCAUAAUGCGGAUGAUCUUGGCACUGAGUGCAUCCGAUAUGCAUCGCAAUAGGUUAAUUGCACGCUCCCAGGAUCAUGGUCGCUACCAUUACAGCCAAGCAGUCAAAGAAUUCAGGCAACUGCUUGAGACACCCCGCCAAGUUUCAUUACAUGAUAUCGAGAUUGUUUUUGCGACGGUGUUUUUGAUGAUAUCUUGGGAGUCGCAGUUUGGACACUCAGUGCGCCAUCUUCAACUCCACCUCCAGGGUGUGCGCUCGCUUCUAGAAACACACCCGCAACUAUUCCGCAUGAAAAGCGUGAAUGACAUGUUCUUGUCUCCCGGAGUUAGUACAUUGGCCAAUGAUACUGUGACUAUGGCCAAGGUCUCCUUCAUUCCUGAGCAGCUUUUAUUGUGGAUUCUAUAUAUCGAUGCUAGCUGCCGUCCCAGAGGUCUUACAGAGUCACUUAACGACUAUGUCGCCCAGUCUCAGAAUCCCGCUCUACAUCCAGAGCAUCUGUAUCGCUGCGCUCGCCUCUGGGGCCGAUGCUUUUGGGGCGAGCAGUAUCCGGACGAAGAGGUUCUGGAUGACAAUGAAAACUAUAGAGCUCUAGAGCUAUUGCAUGCUGGGUUUUGUCUACGCCAUCAGACUUGGAAGGUCCUCGUGGAAUCCGCGAUUGGUACCGACGGCUCCGGAGAAGCUCUGUUCUGUGAGAUCCUCGCUAUCCGAGAAAAAUUCUCCGACCUUUUUAUCACCUCUAGAUUUGCCGGUAGUGUCUCCGCUCGACGUACGCUCAAUACUAUAUACAUGGCCGUUGCUACCUUCUACGCCCAGGUCAUUCUCCAUCGCCGUCUCCUCUGUGUCGAUUCUGUACCUCUGGGCAUCCACCAACAAGCUACAGCAGGAAUCAUUGACAUUGCCCAAAAGCAAUUUUUGUCUGAUCCGAAGCUCCUUGGGCGUUUACACUUGCCGCUGCUUAUGGCAGCGAUUGAAACCAAUGAUAUGACACAGCAAACAUGGCUCCGCCAGCGCCUAUGGGAACUGCGCGAUUUUCACUCCGAGUCUGCUUGGGCGCAUGAUGUGGCCGAGCAGAUCCUGGCCCAGCAAGUCGUGAGCCAGGGACAAUUUGUCAAUUUGGCCGAAUUUUUACUAAAGCGUUUUCAUACGCAGUGA